CAAUGUGCGGUUACCACAGUCCAUGCAGCAACAAUGUUUUGAAGCCGCUAUCCACGGCCCGCAGGAAUAACAUACACGUGUUUAUUUUUUGAAAAAUAUUGUAAAUUUUUCGUUUGUUUUUUUGCAAUCGUUAUUCUAAAUUAAUUUUUGUUAAACAAUUUUGUACUUCUGUCUUCAAAACUAUAAUGGGCUUUGAUCGAGGUGGACGAGGAGGUGGAGGUGGUGCCCGAUUUUCAGGAGGCGGAGGAGGACGCGGUGGUUUUGGCGGAGGUAGAGGAGGCGGCGGCGGUAGGGGAGGUGGCGGCGGUUUUGGCGGAGGCAGAGGAGGCGGCGGUUUCAGAGGACGAGGUGGUGGCGGACGCGGAGGCGGCGGCCGUGGUGGUGGUGGCCGAGGAGGUGGCAGACCUUCCGGUGGACCUGGUGGAUUUAAAGGAGGCAAAAAAGUUAUCGUUGAACCUCAUCGUCACGCCGGCGUAUUCAUUGCCCGUGGUAAAGAAGACGCUCUCGUAACUAAGAAUUUGAUUCCUGGAGAGACAAUUUACGGUGAAAAGAGAAUUAGCGUUGAUCAGACUGAGGGAGAAAAAAUUGAAUACCGUGUAUGGAAUCCAUUCAGAUCCAAAUUAGCUGCAGCGAUUUUAGGUGGUAUAGAUGAAAUUCAUAUGCCGCCUGGUUCCAAAGUACUUUAUUUAGGCGCUGCUAGUGGUACGACCGUAUCUCAUGUCUCUGACGUUGUUGGCCCAGAAGGGUUGGUGUACGCAGUAGAAUUCUCACAUAGAUCUGGUCGCGAUUUAAUCAAUGUAGCCAAAAAAAGAACUAAUAUCAUUCCUAUUAUUGAAGACGCCAGACAUCCACAUAAGUAUAGAAUGUUAAUUGGAAUGGUAGAUACAAUUUUCGCCGACGUAGCUCAGCCCGACCAAGCCAGAAUCGUUUCAAUAAACGCACAUUAUUUUUUGAAGAACGAAGGUCAUUUUGUAAUAUCAAUUAAAGCUAAUUGCAUUGACAGUACAGCCGAACCGGCCGCCGUCUAUGCUCAAGAAAUUGAAAAACUAAAAAAUGAUAAAUUGAAACCAACCGAGCAGUUAACAUUAGAACCCUACGAAAGAGACCAUGCAGUUGUAGUAGGUGUGUUUAGACCUAUUCCGAAAGUCAAAUAGAACAUAUUUUAAUUGAUUUUUCCUUGACAAUUUUUGUGUACAAAUCAAAACUUUGUACAAAUACAUUACAGUACAUCAUACAAACACAUUGUAUUCAAGUAUUUUAUACCUAAUAAAAAAUUGUUUUUUAUUACAUAU